AUGCCUGCAGAUCAAACAGAUUCAUCACAAAAUCCAAAUUCUGGUUACUAUCUUAGUAACAGUGAUUUGAAUGCAACAAAAUUAGUGAGUAUUGAGUUUGAGGGAAAAAAAUUUAGUGAUCGGAGACGUUCAAUGAUGAUAGCUUUAUCAGCAAGGAACAAACUGUGUUUUGUUGAUGGCAGUUUAAUUCCACCAGCAGCAAAUUCUCAGAAUUACAAAAUAUGGACUAGAUGCAAUGAUCUAGUAAUAUCUUGGAUGUUAGCUUCUUUGGAACCAAAGAUUGCAAGAAGUGUUCUAUAUCUUAAGACAGCAAGGGCAAUAUGGCUUGAAUUAGCAGACAUGUAUUGCAGAGAAUCUGGACCUCAGUUGUUUUCUGUUCAACAACAACUCAGUGAAUUGAGUCAAGGUGAUGAUGAGGAAGUUUCUAGUUUCUUCACAAAGAUUAAGAUGCUGUGGGAUCAGCUUGAUGGUUUGGAGCCCUUGCCUGUUUGUGAAUGUACUGGUUGCAGCUGCAAUCUCACUCAGCAGUUGCUCAAAACACAGCAAAAUCAAAGGCUGAUUCAGUUUUUGAUGAAGCUGAAUGAAAAAUAUGAGCAUCCUAAAAGCACUAUUCUCAUGAUGAAUCCUUUGCCUACAAUUUCAAAGGCAUGUGGUUUACUUCUGCAGGAAGAACAACAGAAAGAAGUGCACAGCCACAAAGCUCAAACACAGACUGAAUCUGCAGCAUUCAAUGCUAGAAGGUUUGACAACAAGUCAUACAGAAAUCAGUAUAACAGUAGUUCUAACUCUCAGUAUGCAGGCACUGGAAAUCAGUUUAGGAACAAUAAUAACAACAAUAGAAACAAUCUCUUCUGUGAGCAUUGCAAAAUGAGAAACCACACCAUUGAGAAGUGUUGGAAACUACAUGGCUACCCUAAAGAUUUCAAAGGGAAAGGAAAAAGAGUAGCAGCAGCAGCUCAGCUAGAUGAAUACACCCCUAAAGAGAUUCAGGCACCUGAGGAAGGACCAGGAGUGGUACAUGCUACAUUUACUGAAGAACAAUACACACAGUUGAUGAAUUGCUUACACAAUCAGCAGAUUGCUAACCAAGCAGAGAAUUUUGGCUCUCACUGA